CUUCUCUCCUUCUCUCUCUCUCUCUCUCUCUCUCUCUCUCUCUCUCGGAGAUGUAUGGGCAUGCAAUGGGUUCUUGGAAAGAGAGGGUUUUGAGCUGAGAUGGGUGAAAGGUGGAGAAGGACUCGGCUAUCAGAAGAGAGACUGCUCAUAAGAAGUUGGCUCAAAGGAGGGUCUGAUUUGGUUCUAUAGAAGACAAGAGAAGAGGGGAGGAGAAGCUGGCGAACAAGUGGUGGGAGAGAGUGGAUGCGGUGGAGAUGGCAGGAAAGGAGUCCGGUGGCAGCAGAGACGACUCUUCUCUCUACCUCCACCACCUCCUUGGCCCGCCAGCGCCCCCGACGCACGUCCCGCCCGAAGAGUCCAAGCUGCCUCAGAAGGAAAGCCCGAAUCCCGUGGACCAUGGCGAUGGCAGCGGUGAACGACCUACUACCUCUGCUGCCGCCGCUGGAGGUCCCGUCCGCCGCCCCCGCGGCCGGCCCCUUGGUUCCAAGAACAAGCCGAAGCCGCCUAUUAUAGUCACGUGCGACAGCCCCAACGCCCUCCAUUCCCACGUGCUCGAGGUCGCGGCCGGCGCCGACGUGGUCGAGUGCGUCAACGAGUACGCCCGGCGCCGCGGCCGGGGUGUGUCCGUCCUCAGCGGCGGCGGAGCUGUCGUCAACGUCGCCAUCCGCCAGCCUGGAGCCUCGGCGACGGGGGGCGUGGUGGCCACCCUCAGGGGUAGGUUCGAGAUCCUCUCGCUGACCGGGACCGUCCUCCCGCCUCCCGCGCCGCUCGGUGCGACCGGCCUAACCGUGUUUCUGGCCGGAGGGCAGGGGCAGGUGAUCGGAGGAAGCGUGGUUGGACCGCUGGUGGCGGCGGGGCCGGUGGUGCUGAUGACGGCGUCGUUCUCCAAUGCCAUGUACGAGCAUCUGCCGUUGGAAGGCGAGGAGGAACCGACAGAGGCAACAGCAGCGGAGGGGCAGCAACCCGGCGGUUUGCAGUCCUCAGCUGUUACUAGCAGUGGCCAUGAAGGUGGUGACGGAGGAGUUGGCGCCGUCGGCCUUCCGUUCUACAGUUUGGGUGCAAGCACGGGGAAUUACCAGCACCCAGGUGAUGCUUUUGGAUGGGCUACCGGUAGUAAUCUUCGGCCACCAUUUUGAUUCAGACACAAGUUCACUACUACCACUGAGUGAUGUUCAACAUACACUGCCACCGAAGAAGAAGAAGAAGAAGAAGAAGAAUUCAUAGGUUUCAUGCUGUUUGCUUUGGAGUACUGCCAGAUGUUAAGCUUCAGUUGCACCACUUCACCAGCUUCAGCGGCAUCAAUGGAGGCAUGCUAGCUGAUGAGGUUUGUAUGAACAAUGAGUAGGAUCUGAUCUGAGUACUAAGAAUCACUCCAUUAACUUGGGUUUGCUGUGAAGCGGAAAGAAUGGGAAGUAGGAAAGGAAGAGAUGUCAGCAGGAAGUCAUAUAUGUCUCCUCUCUUUCGCCUUAUUUUCCUUUUGAUGUGACGCUUCCUUAGCUAUGUUGUAGAAAUUGUUCUAAAUCAUGAACUCACCAAUUGAUGGACUUCUGGUGCUUA